UCGCGGGGCGCCGCGCAGCCCACACGCGAUAUGCGCGCCCUCUAGCGUAUUAUGUUCCUCCCCGACCUCCCGCGAGCCUGCAUGGUGGACGACGUAGCGACUUACUUGCAAGCGCCCUCCUCGGGACAGGUGGCUACAAUUAUUAACAACAAACCCAUAUGACGAGUUCCAUCCGUUCAUAGAGGCCCUGAUGCCAUUUGUAAAGUCCUUUUCGUAUACUUGGUUCAAUUUACAAGCGGCCAAACGGAAAUAUUACAAGAAACACGAGAAGCGGAUGAGUCUCGAGGAGGAACGCCAUACUAAAUAUGAACUGCAGAACGAGAAAGCAGAAGUGAAACAGAAAUGGGCGUCGCGGUUGCUAGGGAAGUUACGCAAAGACAUCACUCAGGAUUGUCGGGAAGACUUCGUGUUGAGCAUCACGGGGAAGCGGCCGGCUGUCUGCGUGCUCUCCAACCCCGACCAGAAGGGCAAGAUGAGGAGGAUAGAUUGUCUGCGCCAGGCUGAUAAAGUAUGGCGUCUAGACCUGGUAAUGGUGAUUCUAUUCAAAGCGAUCCCCCUUGAGAGCACGGACGGCGAGCGCCUAGAGAAACACCCAGAGUGCACCCAGCCGGGUCUCUGCGUGAACCCCUACCACAUCAACGUGUCUGUUAGAGAACUGGACCUCUAUCUGGCGAACUUUAUUAACAGCUAUGGUAAUGGGAGCGACCGUCUACCAGAUAUACUUAGCGGUUCGCUAUCGCCUCAGACGCCUAGGGACAAAGAGAAUGAACACGAGGCUAAGAGUAAAGGCUAUAGUCACAAUCCGUACAACGGUGUAAUAUGCAACGAUAUUAUUCUAGCGACCGGUGUCUUCUCCUCCAAGGAGCUGUGGAAGCUGUCUAAAGCCUCAAUACUCCAAGAGACGGGUUCGGAGUCUCCGAGUGGGUCCGGAGGUGGCAUCAAGCUGGAGUCAGGCUACUACUGCGGGUACAACAGUCCAGCUCCAGCCGCCUUCGAGCCUCCAGCCGAGAGGGCCACCCCGUCUGCCAUGCUCGUGGGGCAAUGCUAUACAGGUAUCCCGCACAGUUCAGCCGGCUUGUCUGCGCAGUCGCCGCUGGUGCCGUCGAACACUAUCUUCUACCAGCAUGCGGCACCACCCACCGAUACUCAUCCUACUACAUCAGAGGCGCUGUCGAGCCAGCACUCGGUGGGUAAGUACGACGGCGCGCCGCAGGACUCGCUCGGGGACUUCGUCACCUUCGUCUGCCAGGAUCCCUCCGAGGUGCAGCAGUUGCAGGUGCAUAGCCUGUCGAGGAGUCCGAAGCCGCCGUACUUCAGCAGUUCCAUGCUUCCACCACCUCCGCUCCCGCCUAUGGCCAGACCUGUCGCCAUUAUCAGAUCUACAGCGAGUGAAAUGGUAGGGGGCAGCGUAGUAGGCGGCGGGGGAACAUCCCCCUCGUCCCCCGAGGUGCGGUCUCCCCCCGCCUCCCCGCGCCGCCGCUCCCCGCAUCCUUACCGCACCGACUGCCAUCCCCCCAUCACACACUUCAACCAUUUCCACUCGCAGCCUCAACAGGUAUUUAGCUACGCAAGUUCCCUGGGUGGCGUCGGGGUUUCAGGCGUUGGGGCGGGCGGCGGGGCGGCGCUGGCGGGGGCGGGUGGGGUGUCGCCCCCCGGCGGGUUGGGGCUGUAUGCCCCGCGCCCCACCGCGAGGGCUGCGCCUAGGUGGGUUUUAGAGGACUUGGGACCGAUUAACAGAUGGAACGCACCAUUCCCGACCCUGGAGGAAGAAUUCAACAUUAUGACGGCGCCACCAGGACCUGACCACGUGGUGCUGUUGGAUGAUGAACGCUUCUUCCAAUCAAGCGUAAUAACAUCGGAAGCGACGGCGAUGGACACGACCGGCUCGACAGUCGGCUCGGUCGUCGACGCGUCCGACGACAUCGCGCCCGACAAGCCAGCGCCCGACUUGCGCUCGCCGUGAUCCCACGCUCCCGCCACCUCGCUCGGACCCACGAGUGGAGGAACUGUGACGAGUGACGAGUGCACCCGAGUACCGAGUGAAGGGACGGCCACUGUCCUCCGGUGGACUCCCGCCCCUCUCCCGCACUGGCGACCCGUCUCCCAUCGGACAGUUUAAUAUCUCUGACGGGAAUUAGUGUAAAUAAACAAGAAAUUAAAACAGACGAGGUUGUAGUUGAAAUUUAGAUUUUACAAUUUUUACUCCAUGCCGAUCGGCUCCGUCUGUCCCCACGAUGUGACUUUGUCGUCGCGUUGCAAUUUUGACAGACGUCGAUCGACAUGGUUUUCAUUUAUUACUUGUUAAGGCGAUAACAAAAUACAAUACUCCAACGAUAAUUAUGUAAAAAAAUAUUAACUAAAGCUACGAAAUAAAAACAACAUAUUAUAUUCUAAUAUUUUUAUAGAAUAUAAAAACAAGUAUGAUAUGAUCAAGCCUUCCAGUAAUUUAGUGAAAUAAAAUGUUAAUAAAAAGUGCAGCUUAUAAAAUAUUGUUUUGCUGAGCUGUGAGACAGGAUAAGCGAAUUAAAUGCUUCCAAAGGCGUCAAAGCAGUUUAAAUUGACGAAAGUGUGAUACUAUAAGUUGUUUUUUGUUUCGUUGUUGUGUGUUUUGUAAUGGAAAUAAAAAUUAAAUAGGUGUAAGACGUCGGUUAGUUUAAAAGUAUUUUUUUUAUUUAUUGAACGAAUAUUUAAUAAAGACGAGCCUUGCUUAAGAGAUUAGUUUAGUUGUAAUUAGUAGCAAACAGAGUAGUUGAUUUAUUGUACUUUCGAUCGGAAAGUAAUGACACAAAAAUUUUAUAAAACAAGAAAAAAAAUGCAAAAAGAUUUUUUACGUAAUUUUCGCACAAAAAUACACCUUUAUUGAUCUCAGUGACACAAUUAUACCAAGACGAGAUUUUUUUUCCUUUUUUUAAUUAUUUUUACAAUUGUUUUGUGACAUGUCUGGCAUCGAAAGCGACAAUAAAUCAUUGUAGUUCGACAAACGUCGAGGACAUUUUAUAGGUGCCUUUCAUAAAGAAAACGUAAAAUAACUUAAAUAAUAGGGAUUUGUAAAUUGUAGUGUUCUUUUUGAUAAAUCCAUCCGCUCAUAACAGUAACAAAAGAUUCAUUAAAUAUUUAACUUAGGAGCUGUGUGUUUUGUAACCAAAUCGAUGAAAUUAAAGGAACGAGUCUGUGGCUAGUCAGAUUUCCGAGUGUUUGUUUUUCAAAAUUUUGUAUUACUUAUUAUUUUUAGAAACUAAUCUUUCGUAAUGUUUAAAAAAUGAGUGCAAAAAUGACAAAUCUUUUUUGUAAGUUUAAUAUUCGUACUUAAUAUUUUUCAUUAGUUUCUAUAAUGAAUUGCACAAAAUACUCAAAUUAAAACUUUGGUUACAUGAUACACACAUAAAUAAUAUAAUCCUAUGACUAAAAUCCUAGAAAUUAUUUAGUUACGUCACUCAAAUCAUGUUUUUUUUCGCAAUAACCGUGGCCAUACGAGGAAAGCUAGUCAUUAGAGUUACAAUGUAAAUUUAAUGUUACUUAAAAUAAUAAAAAAAUAUUUACAAUUAUAAAACCCCUUACGUUUAUUAGUAAGGGGUGUGAAACUAAAAAUGUGGCCAAAUUACACUUAAUAAAUGAAAUCCAAAUAUAUAUACACAAUUUUUAAUAGAUUUAGAUUUAAAUAAGCGUGGUAACAUUAAGUUCGUAGAAAACAAUUCGAGAAGUAGAAAGUAGAAAAAAACAGUUUCGAGACAAAAUUCCACGUUCCACACAUUGUCAUCAAUAUCUCAAUUUUUUCGUUUUCAAAACAGAAAGUACUUAAUUUAAUUAAUCAUAAAAUCGACAAGUUUUAUUUGAUGCCUUUAAAACAUUGUUUUUGGAUUUCUAUAAACAUAGUGUAGUAGGGAACGUAGCAAUAACUACAAGCAAUAAAUAAAAAAAUAAUUAUAAACAAAAAAACAGCUUUAGUGAGGCUAGAAUUUGGUACUGAAACGUAGUGUGACCUAUAUUAACGAUUCGCGAUAUAUUUUCUAUAGACAGAUUGGCGAGAGGCUAGGAACUAUGUAAAAUGAUAAAUAUAGUGCAGUUUGGUACAAUUAAUAGCUAUUUGACAAAAAUAUAUUAGACUUACAGCUAUAGACGAACUAGGCAGAAGGCGGGAUUAGUCAAUUGCUAGCUAUAGAAAACAUUAUUAGAAUACGGAAUAAAAACGUUUAGAAAGUAAUAGUAAUGUCAAUAAGGCUUGUUGAUAACAGAAAACAGUUUCGUCAUUGAAAAUCUGAACGACUCAACCUUGUAACGUGGUAAGGCAAUAUUAAUAUUGGUGACGAAUUUAAAGCUCAUUGGUGCCGAAAAUUCUAGACUGUGAUUCAAUUGUUCAUUCAGAACGUGUCUUAUAUUGAAAUAGUUGUUUUUGUAUGAUUGGCAAUGCACAGUUUGUGCUGUAUAAUACAAAAUAAAAUGUAUUAGGAAGGCAGAUAGAACAUGUUGUAUGAAUUGCAUUUGUUAUAAUUGUAAAGAUAUGGUAACAGCGAAUGUAAGCUGAGAAAUGUAAUUUUUUUGACAGCGUAAGUAGAAACGGUAGAUUUAUUUGAUAGCUUUGCAGUAAUUUAUAUGGAUGUGACUAAUACAAGAUUUUGUACGGACAAAAACUAUGGGAAACUGAAAAUUAUGUAUUGGUCGCAGCAUGUAUUCUUUAUUUGAUUAUUAGCACCAUUAAUACGAUAUGGAGUAAUAAUUGAAAGCCUAAACAUUAUGUGCCUUAGAUACAACAAUAUUGUAUGAUAUUUAUGAUGCGUUCUAUACAACGUGCUAACUAGAAAUAAAUGAUAAACAUUAUUUUGAAUGCCUGGACUUUGAACGAUUCUCUUCAUUGUUAGAAUUCAUUUCUGCAAAGGCUUGUAUGUACUCCCAAAGAUUUUGUAACUCCAAAUACAAUUUUUAUUACGAAAUUAGGCCCAAUGUUCGGAAAAUUGUAAGUAACCCCUAAUGAUAUGUUAGUUUUCCCUAAAUAUUUAUCUUAGUUUUCUAUCGCAUUGUUCCUUAUUGUAUUUAUAUGGAAAAUUGGGCACCCAGCAGUCUGGAAAUUGAUUUCGAAUCCAGAGAUAUAAAUUAUAACCCUCAUGUAAUAUUAUUGUACAAUUAAGUAACGCUUCUAUGCGUAGUUUCGCUGAAAUAUUAAAAAAUAAUUCUAUGAUAUUGUAUAAUUUUAGUAAUUACCUACAUUGUACCCAUUUAUGUACCUAUAUACUUUACUGGCAUGUAUAUUCUUAAUCUACGCAACUCGGAAUAGUCACGCUUUUUCUUUACGAAGUAGACACCACUUUGAUUCUCGCAUGGCUUUUUGAUAUUAAAAAAUUACAAUCCAUCUAUUCUAUAAACUUGUAUAAUAAUUUCUUUUAAGUUAUUUUUUAUUAUAAAUGGAACGAAAAUCCGUCUUAUAAGUUUCGUGGAUUUCAAAAGUUGAAUACAUAAUACGUAAAUAGAGAAAAAUAAUUGUAAGGAUAAUUAACCAAUAGAGAAAUACUCCUAGUUACGAAUUUCUUAGUUCAUCUGAUGUGCAAUUAUGAUUAACUGUUUUUUUAGCGAAUUUGUUAAUUUUUAUUUAGUAUUAUUACGAUUGUAUCCAUUAUCAUUGUAUGUAAAUAUGUUCCGGAGUGUAUUUAUAUUUUUUUUAUUGUAUAAUUAACAUUAGAUUGCGUUUAUAUGUUAUGUUUGUCAUUGAUCAUGUCCUCCGCGCUUUCAUAUUCACUUAGGUUUUUACAAUUUUUCUUUAUUUUUUAAAAUAGAUACAAGCGAGUCGAAUGGCUUAUUCCAACGCGAGAUAACUUCAACCAAAUGACGAUCGCUUUCAGAAGUUGGAAUAGAUCAUUAGGUUCAAGCAAUAAACUAAAGAUAGACUUGUAAAAAUGUUAUAACAUGUAUUUUUAACCUAUACAUAGUAAGAUAUUUAUAGAAUUUUAGUCGUUUAAUUAUUUCGAACGACUUGUUAUAAAGAAAAUUGGUGCUUAAAGCUUAAAACAAAAUAUGACGGCACUUUGUCGUGUGUGUAUUGUCAUGGAAGGGGUCAGAGCAUUAUGACAUAGCAUGCGUUGUUAUGCUUUCGUGCGAUAAAGAAUCGUUUAUUUUUAAACGAAAAAAACCGUUAGAAAAUUUUCUCUAGACCGCACGCCGCUACAAAGUUGAGGCGUGCGGAACUUCAAUUACGAUUUCUUUUACAUUCUGGUUUUUUGACGUUUAUUUAGUAUUUUACUUGUUUUUUAGUGGUGUUGAAAUAAACGAUUUUGUAUCACGUGGUGAGCAGUUAUAAUAAUGUAGGUAAACUUUGCUCAAUAUCGAUGAAAACUGAAAGUGUUACAGUUGAUGCAAUACAAACAAACAAACAUAA